AUGGGAUGGGGCAGAUGGGAGACGGGUUUUGGCGGGAUGGGAAAUAUCAAGGAAGGAAAGGAAAGGGAUGGGACGGGGAUGGCGGAAAGCAUCGCAAGGAUUAGGGAAAUAUUAUUUUUUGCUAUCUUUGUUGCCUCUUUAUUCGUUUGUUGCUCCCUGCUUUCUGGAUGUUUUUGGAGACGGACGCGGGGAGGGGUAUUGAGAGAGAGGAUUUGGGGGGUGGACUUGCCAGGAUUUGUUGGGGGUUUGGCUAGGGAGGAGAAACAGGGUGGGGGAUGGAGAGAAGAGAGUGGCUAUAGUCGUUUUAACUUAAGUUAA